ACAGCUACGAGAAGCAAGAAGUCAUCCCGGAAAUGAUCGAAUUGGCCAAGUUUGCCAAACAACACGUGCCUGAAGAACACGAGCUGGAUGAUAAGGACUUUGUUUUGAAGCGUGCCGAGAUUUUGGCUAAGGCUGGGAUGACUUCCGGGCUGGUGGCCUUGUCCAAAACAGACAGUGAUAAUUGCAAGGAACUCAUUGCUCGUGUGUUGAAUGCCAUGUGUGAGAUGGCGGAGUUGCGGGGCAUUGUGGUGCAGCAGGGAGGUGCAAAGAUCUUGAUACCGAUGGCACUUGAAGGUACCGUAAAGGGCAAACGCCAAGCGAUUCAAGCGAUCGCGAGAAUCGGCAUCACCAUCAAUCCGGAAGUGGCCUUCCCUGGACAGCGAAGUUGCGAAGUCGUUCGUCCACUCCUCAAGAAUCUCCAUGUCGAGUGUUCAGCGUUGGAAAACUUCGAGUCGCUCAUGUGCCUGACCAACUUGGCUGGCAUGAACGAAACCGUGAGGAAGCGUAUCAUCAAGGAAGGUGGUUUGAGUUGGAUAGAGCAUUACUUGUAUGAAGACCACGAGAUGCUGAAAAGAGCUGCUGCUCAGGCCAUCAACAACAUGAUGCUUUCCGAAGAUGUCAUUAAAAUGCAUGAA